CCGUCAGUUAUCAAAUCAUCAUUUAAAAUGGCGGGGUCCAGUACAGCAACGAAAAAAUGGCGACCUCAAACUUCCGCUUACGACUAUAAUUACGGCGUCGGCAUCAACUACUAUCAGCCAAUGGUGGACUUCAUCGAGGAAAAGGGAAGGGGAAGGAAAGUGAAUUUCCCCGACAUGCCUUGGAGCGACGAGCUGGGACUAGAUCAGUUUGAUCCUUUAAAAAUCAAAUUAUACUCACAACAGGACCUAACUAGAAUUUCUAGAGAAACUGAAGCUAGUGCGAAAUCAAAAUUACGCGACUUUAAAUCAAGUGCUAGUUCCAGUUUUGUGCUACAAAAGUCAGUAUCAGCCGCAACUAUAACCCAAAAAGUUAAGACAGAAACCAAGAAGAAGAAAAGUAUACUUAGAGAUAUUAAAAAAAUAAAAGACAGAAUGUAUGACGACUUGGAGUUUCUUAGUGCCGAUAAAGAUAGGGAAAUCGAACGAGAACUCAGAGCUUCCCAAAAAUUCUUAAGGGGAAGAUCCGCCAAACAGAUAGAACAACAACUGCUGUCCCAAAGCAAUAAAGCGAUAGCGGAAGGAGUAGAAGAAGACUUUCAAAGGAUGCAAAGUAGUCAGUUGUCUAGUCAAUUAUCAACGUCUGGUAAAAUAUUCAAGAAGGUCACCAUAAGAAGCCAUGCUCAGAUGAUGGAUCAACGGAUACAGUCCCAACUGGAAGAAAGUUUUAGGCAACCUCUUGAUAACCUAAGUUUAGAGCUGAAAGAUUUCGAUAGGAGGUCUUCACAUUUUUACGAGGAUAAAAGGUGA